ACACCCGAACAUUCAAAGAAAUUAAAUAGAUUAAGUAGUGCAUACUCAAAGUAUAAUAAAAAGUUAUACUAACUUAAUUAUGUCAAGUUGGUGUAACAUGUUCUUCCUUUUUGAGUAAUUGUUACUAAUAUUUUUUGAUUACAUUUAAUUCAUUACAUUUUUCAUUAAUUUUGCGGUGGUCACUAUACUAGCAAUGAAUGCCCUGUGAGUCGGUAUUGGUGAAAAAAAUGCUCUGGUGCUCCUGUUUCACGCUGUUCUAGUGCGGGGGAGGAGGUGGGCGGGGAGGAACGACAUGAUUUUGGCUCUUAUGAUUUAGACUGAGGCGGCUCUUCUUGCUGUACUCAAUCGCCGUUCUCCGGCCGCGAGUUCCGUGGCUUGCGACGGCCCACGGGAAGAUUUAUUUAUUUAUUAUUAAGAUGAUAAUUUUUUAAUCAACAUUAACUUUUUUCCGGAUUAUGUAACCACAGUUUAUAAAUGUAAGGGUAUUUACAACUCUACAGUUUCAACGUCAAUUUGUCUGACGUCACCCGCAACGUCAGGCACAACGUGAGGCGCUACGUGGGUUUCGGUUGGAGCGAUAAAGAGGAAAAGGAGCUUCGAACUUGAACGUCAGUCCAAUCUAUACUCAUCUAUACCAGUCUACUACUUAUUUCGCCAACUAUCAGCGCCAUUUCAUGAAUUGUAAGUAUUCAACAUAAAAUGAAGACUUAUUACAUUUUUUGUAUGGAAUUUCAACGUUUUUUCAUACACGUACAACGCAAUCCAUAUUAGCCAUGUAACUUGACACCGCAUGGUUAGCUUGAUAACAGAGCAAGUCGGGGGCUUAGAUAAUGCUGACGUUUUUCCAUACUUCUCAAUUUUCCCCAACUAUCAGUGCCAUUUGAUUGUACGAAUUCAACAUAAAAUUAAGAUUAAUUAAAAUAUGGAAUUUCAACGUGUUUUUCAUACACGUACAACGCUAUUCAUAUUAGUCAUGUGACUUGAUACCGCAUGGUUAGCUUGCUAACAGAGCUAGUCUGGGGCUUAGAUAAUGCUGACGUUUUUCCAUACUUCUUAAUUUCCCCAACUAUCAGUGCCAUUUGAUUGAUUGUACGAAUUCAACAUAAAAUGAAGAUUAAUUAAAAGAUGGAACUUCAACGUGUUUUUCAUACACGUACAACGCUAUUCAUAUCAUACUACUCCGUAUCCAUAAUCCGACUCUUGACACCGCAUGGUUAGCUUGCUAACAAGGCAAGUUGGGAUCUUUAAUACUGAAAUCCAUGCGUUGUUUGCAUUAUGUAAUGGCAUGAAACAGUUUAAUAUGUACUCAAGGGAAUCGCAUGAUAGGAAUAUAUAUAUUCCGAUAAUCGGAUCAGAAGUGUCCAUGUAAACGCGGCUAGCGACUCAAAAUGAAGACCAUAAAUUGUCAUUGGACUAGAUAAAUAGGACAUGCCUUCUUAGAUUGGAUUUCAGUGAUUCUUGUAUUUAAUGUGAGCAUCUUUAUUUUCUAAAGAAACGGCUUUAUUGUUGAUUAACCAUGCAGUAAAGUUCAAGCGCUGCUGCUUUUCUUUACAGUAAUGUUAGUUUUGCUUGACCCCCCCCCCUUGAGUCGUGGUUCUGGGUUCACUUCCUGUCUUUCUCCUUAUCGGAGCUUGACAAUACCAGGUUGCUGGUUCAAGAAUGAUCUGGAACUGUAAGUUGUGCGCAGGUUCUUUCACCUCCAGAAUACAGUUAUUUAGACACUACAGGCUGCAGCACAGCCACUAUUCCAGAAUCAGCCCUCUUCCAUGCCUCUACACUGAUUGCAUUUGUACAUUUCAGACACUUAAUGCACUCAGUACUCAUCUGUCAAGAUAUCAUACAGCACAAUCUAGCAGUUGUGCAGAGCAGAGUCAGGGGACUGUGUUAUUUAAAUGCUCUUUAUGCACAUAUCAGCAACCCUUUUCUAAAUCAGACGUUUUCAGUCAUCUCAGAAAGCAUUUGAAAAAUCAUGAAACAGUGACGUGCCCAUAUAAGGAUUGUAGCUAUCGCAUAAAUGUGUACUCCUCAUUUAAUUCCCAUAAAAGUAGAGAACACCAAGAAGGUCUUGCAUCAGACUUUCAAACUGAUAUUGUCAGUGAGGAUCCCCAUAAUCUUCAAGCCAGUAUUUCUGAGGGAACUAGUGAUUUGCAUGAAGAAUGCCCAGGCCCGAGCAGAGAAGUGGGGAAUGAUGAUCAGUGUGAAACUGGCAGUCUAAGAAAUCAACUUAAAAAAAACGUAUCUUCCUUAUUCCUAAAGAUGCAGGCUAUCCUCCAUGUCUCAAACACAGCUACUCAGGAAAUAGUAGACCACUUGAAUGACAUCUUCUCCUUAUCUGAGCCGUUGAUCAAAGAGGCAGUUAGUGACAUACUGCAAAGAAAUGGUCACAUUAUUACAGAACCUACACUUAGUGAAGUUGUUGCGGCUGUCAUGGACUGCAAUGUUCUGUCUACAUCAACCUCUAAAGGUGCCGAGUUGAGUUCACACAAGCGUAGAAAAACCUUUAUUGAGCGCAACUAUCCUUGUGUUAUGCCAGUGGAGUAUCAGUUGGAGGAACCUGGACAUACCAGCAUGUAUGUUCCUAUCCUUUCAAUGAUUCAAGAGCUGUUUAAAAACACAGACAUUCUUAACAAGAUCACUGAAAAUAAUACUGCAUCUGGUCAAUAUGUAUCAUGCUCCAAUGGCUCUCAUUUCCUUGAAAAUGAGUUGCUGUCAACAGGGGAUCUCAUCCUACCACUCCAGCUAUAUAUUGAUGAUCUUGAAAUUUGCAAUCCGCUUGGCACAUCAAGCAAAAUUCACAAAUUUUGCGCUGUAUAUUGGGUCCUCGCUAAUGUGCCACCAAAACACAGGUCAGCAUUACAUGCUAUACAGCUAGCAAUACUGGUAAAAGUGACAGACGUCCGUAAGUAUGCAUAUGCAGCUGUACUUGCUCCAUUGCUGCGUGAUGUUCAUACCCUGGAAAAUGACGGUGUCUUCAUCGAAAGCAUUGGUCAGAAUGUCAAAGGCACUGUCUUUUGUGUUUCUGCUGACAAUUUGGCUGCUCAUGGAUUAGGUGGCUUUGUAGAGUCAUUUAGAACAGGCCAUGUUUGCAGAUUCUGUAUGGGCUCAGUUGAACAGUUUCAAGUAACUGAAGUCAGAGAGAGAAAGUUUCCUCAGCGAACCAAAGCUAGCCAUGACCCACAUGUGCAAACUGUGCAGGAAAGUGACACGUUGAGCAGCCACUUUGGUGUUAAAGGUGGCUGUGCCUUGCGAGAAUCCCUGAAUUACUUCCAUACAAUCACAGGGUUUCCUCCUGAUAUACUCCACGAUCUUCUGGAAGGUAUCGUUCCCAUGGAUAUUUGA